CAUUUUCUCUGAAUUUGAGCAAACCAAGUUCAUAAGCAGUAUAUAUAGAUAUCCAUGUAUUGAAUAGUGCAAUUGAAAAUCUGGAAGCAACUUGACCUUCUAUAAUUCAGAUUCUGUCCAACUAACUUUCAAAAUCUUGGGUCCCCCAGGCACAACAAAAAGCCAAGCCAGCAAAACCACCACUUGAAUAUGAAUUUUAUUGAUUGACAUCCAACAAGAUGCAAAGCAUGAGAGCCUCAGAAUUUUCCACAAGCUCCCAAUCCCUUAUUGAACAAGAACAAACAGAAUCACAACCUAAAAUCACCACCAAGAAUCCCAAGAAGCUAGCAUUUCUUCCACUUGUCUUCCUCAUCUACUUUGAAGUCUCUGGAGGCCCCUAUGGUGAAGAAUCAGCUGUGGGGGCUGCUGGUCCUCUCUUUGCCAUUCUUGGCUUCCUCAUCUUCCCCUUCAUUUGGAGCAUCCCUGAGGCCCUUGUCACGGCUGAGCUGGCCACCGCCUACCCCGGCAACGGCGGCUUUGUCAUUUGGGCACACCAAGCUUUUGGUCCCUUCUGGGGCUCCCUCAUGGGCUCUUGGAAAUUUCUCAGUGGGGUCAUCAACUUGGCUUCAUAUCCAAUUCUUUGUGUAGACUAUCUCAAGCUGGUAAUUCCCAUUUUCUCUUCUGGCCUACCUCGCUUUGUUGCUGUAUUUGUCUCAACUUUGGUGCUAUCGUUUCUCAACUACUCUGGUUUGAGUAUAGUUGGUUACACUGCAGUAGGUUUAGGGAUUGUGUCACUUUGUCCAUUUAUAAUAAUGUCUUUGGUUGCAAUCCCCAAGAUUGAUCCAAGCAGAUGGAUCAGUUUGGGUCAGAAGGGUGUUAAAAGAGAUUGGACAUUAUUUAUCAAUACCCUAUUUUGGAACUUGAAUUUUUGGGACAAUGCUAGUACUCUAGCUGGUGAAGUAGAAGAACCCCAAAAGCUAUACCCAAAAGCACUUUUUUCUGCUGGCAUUCUCACAUGUUUGGGUUACGUAAUUCCUCUCCUGGCUGCAACUGGUGCUAUUCCACUUGACCAAGAAGAUUGGGUUGAUGGGUAUUUAGCUUCUGCUGGGGAAAUGAUUGCUGGGAAAUGGCUGAAAUUCUGGAUUGAAAUUGGUGCAGUUUUAUCAAUUAUUGGACUGUUCGAGGCCCAGUUAAGUAGUUGUGCAUACCAACUUUUAGGUAUGGCAGACUUGGGAAUUUUACCAAUGAUUUUUGGGGCAAGGUCCAAAUGGUUCAACACCCCUUGGUUAGGAAUUCUGAUUUCAACAGUCAUAGCCCUUUCUGUUUCUUACUUGGAUUUCACAGACAUUAUAUCUUCUGCCAAUUUCUUGUACAGCUUGGGGAUGCUAUUGGAAUUUGCAUCUUUUCUUUGGUUGAGGGUGAAGUUUCCAGCUCUGAAAAGGCCUUUUGAAGUUCCAAUGGGCCUGCCAGGGCUGGUGGUUAUGUGCUUGAUUCCAUCUGGUUUUUUGGUCUAUGUGUUGGCUGUGGCCACCAAAGCUGUUUAUUUGGUUAGUGCAUUGAUGACUCUGUUUGGUGUUGCCUGGUACCUUUUCAUGAAUCUCAGCAAAUCAAAGAUGUGGUUUGAUUUCAAAAUGGAAGAAGAAAAAUUGGACAAUGAGGAAAGAGCUCAGGCUGUUUAUGAUUGUGUGGGGAUCUAAUUGGUCUUGCUCAGAAAUUGGCGUAUUGCAGUUUUUUUACGGAGAAAUAUAACAAAGUCUCACUAUAUUUUCUGUAAUGAUUCGUUCUACAAAGUUGACAAAAAUAUUACAAUCCUUAAGAUUUACAAUAAGGAAAGAAUCUCUAGAUCCUAGAUCUAAGGUAAUUACACAGAUUAAAAGGAAAGGAAGUGCUGUCCAAGUAAAAUCAGCUAUACAAGGUAAACUUCAAUCGAAAGUCAUCUUUCAAUCAGGGAUCUUGAUUUCUUACAAAAAUUAAUAUAUGACUUUUCUUCUUUGCUAAA